AUGAUGGCCAAGCAACCAACACUGCUAAGAGACUGAAAGGCACAAUGAGUAUGCAGCACUAUGAAGAGUUAGCACAGCCAACAUGGUCUUCAAGAACAUCCAAGAGUGACAGUGAUGGGGCUUGCUCUGCUGACAGCUUUCAUGUACAUCUGAGAAAAUAAGGAUACAGAAAGAAGAGGCGAAAUGAACCAUUUCCAGCAGUGGGUCAUAUUCCUGCUCUCCUUGUUUCUGGAGUGUACAGAGGCCAAAAAGCAUUGCUGGUACUUUGAAGGGUUGUAUCCUACAUAUUAUAUAUGUCGCUCCUAUGAAGAUUGCUGUGGGUCAAGAUGCUGCGUAAGAGCCCUCUCUAUCCAGCGACUCUGGUAUUUUUGGUUCCUUCUCAUGAUGGGCGUUCUGUUCUGCUGCGGAGCUGGUUUCUUCAUCCGAAGGCGGAUGUACCCUCCACCGCUCGUAGAAGAACCUACUUUUAAUGUAUCCUACACCAGACAACCAGCCAACACUGCAGCAGGAUCACAGCAACCAGGGAUGCCAUACUACACGGAUCCAGGAGGACCUGUGAUGAACCCCAUGGCUAUGGCUUUCCAUGUCCAGCCCAACUCCCCGCAAGGAAAUCCAGUGUACCCACCUCCGCCCUCUUACUGCAACGCACCACCACCCCCAUAUGAGCAGGUGGUGAAAUCCUCCACGUAACAACUCUGCAGCUCUGUUACCUGACUCUGUGAGAAGCAGGUGCCAUUGCAAAGUGACUGGGGUAGAGGGCCUCUGCCUUUCUGAACACUUGCUAGUUCUCUAACUCUCCCUACACACACUCCCCAUUAACAUUACUUGCAAGGGAUGAUUUUUUUUGUAGUAGGGGGUGAUUUUUCAUUUUGAUGUAUUCAGAACUAAAGCAAGGUCUUUUAAAUGCUUUUAAUGGAAACCUAUAUUUAAAUCCA